CGAUGAUGCCCCGUAGUCUAUUGAUCCAAGCCCACUGGGUAUUAAUGCAGAUGAAGUUGCCUGUCUAAGGUGGUAGUGAGAAAGUCCUAGAGGAAGGUACCUGAUUCGACGCAAUCGAAAGAAUGCAACGUGAGCGGGGGGCCUACCCUUAGUGCGCCUGAUUGCUCGUGGAAAUGAGCUGACAAUGGCGACGCUUGUGAUGAGGAAUGUGACUAUAAAGAUGCUAGGCUCCCUUUGUCCUGAAUGUUAGAUCUUCUCGAGAAUGUCCGAUUAAUUGACUACGCAUUACUUCACGAUGAAGGUUUUGACCGUUUUCUCGGUGCUUCCACUGCUUGGCGGUGUACUCGCUGACUGUGGCGUUGAAGGAGGCACAAUUACGAUCGCCAAUCCGGACUUCGACAUCCUCACCGAACUUGAGGCGUGUGAGACUAUAUACGGGAACAUCCUCGUUGAUCCAGCUUACGUCUAUUUUAUCCUAGACGGCGGUCCUUUUGAGAUCACAGGCACCGUCAUCGCUCACGACAAUGAGAUUUUGAAGGCUGUCAGACUUCAGAAUGCUACGAGGAUUGGAGGUUUCUCUUUUGCCAGUCCUGCUAUCACCGGGCGGGUCGACUUCCCAGAGAUGGAGUACAUAGGCAACCUGGAAUGGAUCAAUAUCGUUUUCCGGACCGACCAAGGAAUUGAUUGGUAUGAGUGGAAUGCACUGAAGCUCGUUGGCAUCGGUAGCCUUAACGUCGAGGGCACGUCAAUCAGUGGUUUCAAGCCUGACUAUCCCAGCUACGACGGCGUCAGCUUCUAUUACGGCGGAUUGGAGCAAUUGCAGACGGCUGAUAACAUCCGCGUCGUCGGCAACACACGCAUGGACGACGUGGUAUUCACCGGUCUUAAGACUGUAUCAGGCGCCAUAAUUAUCGGUGAUAACUUGAAUUAUGAUGGAGGGUUUGGCAAGAGAGACGGACGUGCUCUGCUCGUCUCAUUCCCUGCCCUUGAAACCGCUGGAAGCAUCGCUAUCUACGACAAAGAUGUUCCUCUCCGACUUUCAGACAGCGGAAAAGUUGAUUUCCCAAUUCUAAAUCAUGUUUUCGGCGACUUCGGCAUUACCGAUAUCAAGGGGCUUACCGAGGUAUCUGUUCCAGCCCUGACGGAUGUUGACGGUGGGAUCAAGAUUACUCUUAACGAAGCCUUGAAAGAGGUCGACUUCCCCGAGCUGCGGAGAGUUGGUCGUGUCGAGAUCGUUGCAGAAAUAAAUCUUGGUUUCGACAAGGUUUCUUUUCCGGUUCUCGAAGAAGUUGGCGAGUUCUUGGUCGACUCUGGCGCCAACAACUUCGACUGCUCGAGCCUUGAACAUAUCCGAGCUAUCGCGACCAAGUUUUCUUGCAGAAAUGAAAAGGGAGAUUAUAACCCGGGUGUGCCAGCAACUACAGGAACACCUACGCUAAGCUCGAGUAGUGUUGCGAGCUCGCCAUCUGAAACUACUACUCUUGACACAAACCCGAAGCCAACGCUCACAGGUGACGCAACCACAACAUCGGUACCUCUCACAACAGGCGACAGUGCCACGGGCGAGAGUCUAGCAUCUACGGCUUCUACCAGCGGUGUGGCGGUAACUACUGGUUCGGAGAACACGUCCACAAGCACCGAGAGCGCUCCAACUGUGACGGAGAGCGUUCCCGCAACAGGAGGUGCAUCGAGCCUAAAGUCUCCAAUUGGAAGUAUGGUAUUUUUGCUGAAGCGUUGGGCAUUGUAGGAAGCUUCUGAUUUGAAGUGAAGAUGUCUUGGUACAUUGAUGAUAUUUUUGUAAUUAUUCAGGAGAGAGCUAGUGCAAUUAUACUUCUGCUCCGUGACAAAUAGCCCAAUAAACACGGUUAUAGCAUUCUAUGAGUGAAGCGGAUAGAGGCAAUAGGUUCGCAAUGACGCACUACAAAGAUA